AACCUGACAAUCCAUACCCAAUCUUGUAUAAAAAACAAACAACGUACAGUUCUUUUUACUCUCUGCUUUCUCUUUCCCUGCCUUCUCACGCACUGUCGUCGAUACUCUGCAAAGGUGCCAUACAGACUGCCGCCGGCGAGUGUCGAGGCGAAAUCAACGGUGAAGACGAUACCGACGUAAUCUCCAGAGACAAUCACCGGACAAAUCAAUAAUCACCAAAAAGGACUCGUAACAACUAACAAUAUAAAAAACUGUGCCCUAUUUUGCUUCUAGGGUUUGUAGCGGAAGAAUCAAGAGAAAUUGUAAGUCCAGUUCAGUUACUUUUAGCGCUGAUUAUUAAUCACUUGGCUCAAAGAGAAGAUUGCAACUAUGUCUGAUCAAGGUGAAGUGAAUGAUGACAAGGACCUGGAAUUUAAAUGGGGUAAAAAGAGAGGAGUUGGCGGGAAAAAGAAAGAGGUCCAGUUUUAUGAAUCUUUUACAUACGAUGGCUUGGAGUACACUCUACAUGACUCUGUAUAUUUGCACAAGGAAGGAGCUUUGCCUUAUAUUGGGAAACUUAUAAAGAUAUGGGAAAAUGCAGAUAAGACAAAGAAAGUAAAAGUUCAUUGGUUUUUUCGCCCUUCAGAGAUUUUGCAUUGUCUUCAAGAUAAAGAGACACUUGAGAAUGAAAUAUUCUUGGCAUCUGGUCAAGGAGUUGGUUUAGCAAAUGUCAAUCCUCUGGAAGCUAUAGCUGGCAAAAUCAGUGUUGUCUGCGUUUCGACGGACAGCAGAAAUCCACAACCCUCGGUGGAAGAACUUCAGAUGGCUGAUUACGUAUUUUACCGUACCUUUGAUGUUGGUCACUUAACAAUAUCGGAUAAGAUGGGUGACAAAGUUGCUGGCAUUGAAGUUAAGUUUAUUUUUAACAGAAAAGAGUGUGAAAGGGAUAUCUGUGUUCCCAAACUCGAUUCUGAUGAGAAAGAGAAUAAUCUGGGUGCUGUAGCAUAUAAUAAAAGACUACAGCUUCAUGAGAAAAAUCAAUCUGAAGACUUUAGAACAGUGAAUAUAGAGGGAUUUUCCAAUCAUUUGGAAGCAAAAGAAGACGAAGUUGUUAAAGCUUCAUUGGCUAAACGGGAACUUUUGGCUGGAGAAAAGCCUGCUUCUGGUGUUGGUGUGGAUUCCAAUGAUGUGGCUGUUAACAGCGGCAAAGGGUCAAGUGUUUCGGAUCACAAAACCAAAACAAGGUGCAUGGCCAAUUAUGAUAAGGAUGAGCUUAAACUGAGUGUCAUUCCUGUUGAUCAGGUUGAUUUCAAAGAGAGAGUACAAUCUGAUAAGGGUUCCGAUGCUUUGGACGAUAAGCCUUCUAAGAAAGCAAGGGUUGGUAGUUCUGUUAUAUUAUCUGAGGACAAGAAUUUGAAUAGUGAUAGGAAGUUAACUAUUAAUAGGAAUGACAUGAAGCCUUUGGUAACAACUGUCAGUUCUGCUGAUGGAAAAGCAAGAUCUGUACUUGGUAAGGAUUCUCUUGGGCUGGACAAAGGAGUAAAAUCUGCGAAAGAUCGUGGUGCUGUGGAAGAUAGGCCUUUUAAGAAAGCAAGGGUUGAUAGUUCUGUGAAAUUAUCCACGGACAAGAAUAGAAAUAAUGUUCAAAGUUUGGGCGUCAAUUCUGGUGGAAAUUUGAGGGAUUCAACCGUCACUUCUUACGAAGGAAAAGCAAAAUCUAGACUUCCUAAGGAUUCUAUUGCGCUAGACAAGGGCCUCCCGGAAAAGCAGAAGCUCAAUGAGAGGAUGUCAAAGCUUUCUAACGGCAAGUUGCUAAAGGAAUCUGCCGAAGUGUCUCUACAUGAGGAGAAAACUGAAGGCAAGGGAUUUGAAGUCAGCCGUAGACCAGAUGUUGAUAAAAGCAAAUGGUUUAGGGAACUUCCUUGGGAGGAAAGAAUACAAAAUGCUCAUGAGCGAGGAACACUUGUCUUGCUUCGAAAUUUGGAUCCAGAAUAUACUUCUGCAGAAGUAGAGGAUAUUAUUUGGCAUGGCUUCGAGGAAAGUUGCACAGCAAAGAUGCUCCAGCGCACCAUAAUUUCUAGCCCACAUUCUGGGCAAGCUCUUGUUAUUUUCAAAACUCGGGAAGCAGCAGAGGGAGUCAUUAGAAAAUUGGAUGAGGGUUGCCUAAUGCUAUCAGAUGGGAGGCCUCUUAUUGGAAGCAUUGCACCUCCGCCUAGCUUUCCGGGAAAGCAGUCGACAUUUUUUGGCCAUUUGUCUAUUGAUAAGAUUAAACUCCAAAUGCAAAGGGAGAUGAGACAAGCUGUUUCUACUUCGCACUGUUCUCAGCCUAACACAAUUGAAUAUGAGAUGGCCAUGGAAUGGUGCCUGCUACAAGAAAGAUCAGAGAGCUCGUGGAAGAGAUUGUACAAGCAACAAGGGGAGCAAUUGAAAAAACUCAAGGCCAAUCUCAAGUCGAAAUAAAGUGCCAGGAUCUCUGUGUAUUCCUUUCAAGCAAUGGCAUUCCUCCUCGAGGCACACCCGAAAGUUGGUGGCUUUAUGUUCGUAGUUUUCUCAAGAAAGUAAAUGAGAGGUUUCCUAUCUCAUAGAUAUACAUCGAAGGAAAUGGAAAACAAAAAAUAGAGGCAAUGUCUCCCAUGUCGUGGGAAGAAAGCAAAAGUUUUGUUGUGCAUAGGUAGUAUGUCACCGGAAUCAAUUUCCGGGUGGUGUUGGGGGUUUUACAGACUGUCAUGUAACAAUUGCCGGUCAACCUAGUUCUCCGAGUUAUUCGUGUUCCGUCAUGGAUCUUAUGUAAUAUUUUUCUUGUUGGCCUUGUCUUCUUGAUGUUUAGGAUGUUUAUAUGGGAUGGUAGGGUGCUAUUUUUCUAGUAUGCAUUUCCUCUGCCAUCACCAUAAUUAAUGUGUUUCACAAGGGGGAAAAGAAAAAAAAUUGUGAAGGAAAUAUGCUUUUUCUUUUA